AAGGCAGUGCUUAUUUUCAUUUAUAUUAAGAUGGGAUAUGCACGCGUUUUAUCGCUAGUAUUUAGUUGCAGGGGCGAGGGUCGACAGCUCCAACUGCUUUAGAUUAACGCAACAGGUAAGAGCCUGAUAGAGGUGAAAAGCUGGGAAACCAUUUUUCUCUGUUUAGGGUUCGAUCAAGAGAAGGCGCAGCGAUGGCGCUGGACAAGGCCAAGGGUAUUAUUUCAUCCACUCCAGUCGUCGUCUUCAGCAAGUCCCGUUGCCCUUACUGCGUGAACGUGAAGAAGUUGUUGUCGGAUUUGGGAGCCACCUUCAAGGCCAUUGAAUUAGACACCGAAACUGAUGGGAGUGAGAUACAAUCGGCCCUGGCGGAGUGGACGGGACAGAGGACGGUGCCCAAUGUGUUCAUCGGCGGCAAUCACAUCGGUGGCUGUGACUCCACGACGGCCAAGCACAGGGAAGGGAAGCUUGUGCCUCUGCUGACUGAAGCCGGAGCUCUUGCCAAGGUCACCGCCUGAUGGAGUUCGGCAAUCUAGGUAAACAAAAAAUGUAAUAAUUAAGCAGUAGUUAAUAAAGUUUCCCCGUUAGUGUUGGGUCUCUUGAGACUCUAUUUGUCUGUUUCUUUCUUAAAACUUGUGUAGAACUGGCAAUGAAUUUGAGGUAAAAUUUAUUGUGCAUUUUGUAUCCCAGUGAUUCAUGAAGAACCCACUUGCAGAAA